UGACGUCAUAUAAAUAAUCAUACAACAACAAGCCGGCCAGUUUUUUAUUUUUGUUUUUUAGUUCACAAUUAAUAGCAAAGAAUAUUUUACUUAUAUAUAUUUUGUUUAUUUUUAGCUUAUUUGUGUGACCAAAAAGCCUUAACGCAUAACAUAAUUUAUUUAAAGGCAUUUUAGAGAAAAAGUGAAUUUUUUUAUUUUGUUUUUGACAAAAACGUGGCGCAUUUUUAAAAUAAACUAGUUUUCUUAUUGUAAAAAAAAGUAAACUAUAACACACAGUGUUCUUGCUAGUUGGUGUUGUAAAAAAUAUUUAUUAAAUAAUCUAGAUUUCUAUGAAUAAAAGUUGAAAAGAUGAAUCUAUUAGUGGUAUUUUUGCUAUUAUUUGCUGUGCGUUUGGCUUCAGUGUUUGUGGUGAAAACAUUUUAUGUGCCCGAUGAAUAUUGGCAGAGUUUAGAAGUGGCGCAUAAAUUAACCUUUGGUUAUGGUUACUUGACCUGGGAAUGGCUGCAGGGUAUACGCUGUUAUGUGUAUCCUCUUAUUAUAGCUGGUGUCUAUAAACUAUUGGCCAUAUUUAGUUGGGAUACGGCCCAAUUACUGAUUUUAAUACCACGCAUUCUACAAGCCACCUUGUCUGCCUAUUCAGAUUAUCGUUUCUUUGUUUGGUCGGGCAAAAAGAAAUGGGCUCUAUUCCUUAUAAUAGUGCCCUGGUUCUGGUUCUAUACCGGUUCACGUACUUUGUCCAACACUUUGGAAACCUCAUUAACAACAAUAGCUUUAAGUUAUUUCCCUUGGUAUGGAGAGGGUGUUGCUUAUUUAUGGCCCGCUGCUUUAUGUUGUUUCUUGAGACCAACUGCUGCACUUAUUUGGUUGCCUUUGGUAGUUUAUCAUUUGCGUAAAUCAAAAUUAUCCUGGACUGAAUUAAUCUUUAAACGUUACUUGAUUAUUGGUUCAAUUGUGGCUGCUGUUUGUAUUGGCAUUGAUUCGUAUAUGCAUGGAGAACUUUUAAUAACUCCCUAUGAGUUUUUAAAAUAUAAUAUUUUCCAUAAUAUAGGCAGUUUCUAUGGAUCUCAUCCUUGGUAUUGGUACUUUACUGUUGGUUUACCCACUGUUUUGGGUAUAAAUUUCUUGCCAUUCCUUUUUGGCAUCAUGGAGACAGUACGUCAUCGUGAGGUAUAUCCUGUACGCAAGUAUUUACUUAUAACUAUUUUACUUUCUCUCUGUGCCCUAAGUGCAAUUGAACAUAAAGAAUUUAGAUUUGUAAGUGUUUUACUGCCUUUAUGUUUGUACAUUACGGCCGAUACCUUGACCAGAUGGAGUUACAAGGCUUCUAGAUUAUCAUUAUGGUUUAUAGCGGGCGUCAUUGUUAUGGGCAAUGCCUUACCGGCCUGGUAUUUAAGUACCAUUCAUCAAAGAGGCCCCUUGGAGGUAAUGGAUAGAUUACAGGAUAUAGCCAAGGAUUAUCGUGAUGAACAAAAGCAUCCAGCUAGUAUAUUGUUGAUGCCUUGUCAUUCGACUCCCUACUAUAGUCACAUACAUCAAAAUGUUACCAUGCGCUUCCUUACUUGUCAACCAAAUCUAAAGCAACAAAACAACUACAAGGACGAGGCUGAUCAAUUCUAUGAUUCACCCGUACACUGGUUGCGUUCACACAUCCCUUCAUAUCCACGCACAGCGAAACCCUCACAUGUUGUGUUGUAUGAACCAUUAGCUCAAAAAAUCAAUGAAUUCCUGGUGGACUAUAAACUCUUGCAUAGGAUAGCCAAUGCAGAGCAUGUACAGACAAGAACUGGUAAAAAUAUACUCGUUUUUCAACGUUUACGCACGGGAGAAGAGAAUACCUUUAAUCGUGAAGAAUUUCAAAGUCACGAUGAAGAGACCUUAAAUCUAGCCAAACUAGCUGAAUCUAAUGAAGAUAUACUUUAUGGCCAAGAUGAAUUUACCACCGAAACUAAUAUGUUCAAUUGAUUUAAAGUUUCUUCUUUAAAUACCUCACUCCACCUCUCAACUACGCUUAACUACGAACUUAAAACUAGUUGCUUGUUUCAAUUACCAAAAGGCUUUUUUAUUUUUAUCCAUCUGGUACAAAGAUCAAAAUAAUUAUUUUUUAAUAAUUUGUGUAGGCUAUUAUAUUUUUAAACAUAGUUUACUAUUUUAAUUUUAAAUGUGUGCGUUUAAAUUUUUGUGUUAAUUUAUUUUUGAAGAUUAACUUUUUUCUUUAGAAAUCAUGUCGUCUUUUUAACUUGCAAUACUCUUAAAAAAAAAUUGUAUUUAAAAAAACUUACAAAGAACCAAGUGCAAAAAUAAUUUUUUUAAUUAACAAAUA